UGGAUGUCAUGUCAGAUUUGUUGUUUAGUGUUUGGUGACUUGUUUGUCGUUCAAUUGUGAAAGUUUUUAUCUAUUAUUUGAAUAGAUGGCUAAAUCAAGGAGUGGAAAGAUUGCUGCAGGUUUAGCUGGUGCUGCGUUCUUUUUUGUUUUAUUAGCUUUUGCAACACCGAGUUGGGUCGUCAGUGAUGGCUAUUUACCUCAUCCUAAAAUGGAACAAAUCGGAUUGUGGGUGGUCUGUUUCCAUGAUUUCGAGGACACAAGACAUUGGUAUGAAACAAAAUUCACAGGCUGCUGGUGGGUCUUUGAAGAGGAAUACUACAUAAUCCAUGAUAUCCUGCUCCCAGGUUUCUUUUUAGCGACCCAGUUCUUCUUCACAGUGACAGUCAUAGCCCUUCUGGCCGUUGUGUUAGGGGUGGCUCUGUACUUGGCCUGCAGUAGAGAUCAAGAGAGAUACGUCUUGUUGCUCAUCGUGAUUGGCACUGCGGAACUAGUUGGAGCCGUUUCAGGGACGAUCGCGUUGAUCAUUUUUGGAUACAAUGGAGAUGGGAGAGUGUGGAUGCCUAACUGGGAACACAAUCAUCUCGGCUACUCCUACGCAAUGGCAGUGAUAGGUGUGAUCUGUUCGUACGUCAGCAGCUGGAUGUUUCUGGUGGAGGGAAGACGUCACCAUAUCAAGCGACAGAAACUGGAGGAGAGACAUCUAGGCGGAGGCAGCAGCGGAUACCCCAUGCAUGCCACCAAGAGUUCACACACCACCAUUUAAACAGAUGCCUUAAUCAGAAAAUGCACACGAAUGUCAGCUUAGAACUGUGGAGUUAACGUUAAAAUCUGUGAAAAUAACUUAAAAGCAAUCUCACACUAUAUAAACAGCAUUGAUAAAGGUGGAAAGAACUAUGAAGUCUUAGCUGGAUAUCUGUAAGUAACUUGAUGAAGCAAUCACACCCUAUAAAAAAGCAUAUGCCAUGCUUAGGAAUAGCAGAUAAUGUUGUAAACUCAGUUUAGAAUUAUGAAGUAUUAUAUUUCUGUCAAUAAGUGGUAGGCCUAAUGCAAUCUAACACAGGUUAACUUCAAGCUGCAAUUAUUUACAAACCAAUUGGAUUGUACAGUAUAACCUCCACAACCGUCAACGGUGGGACUUGAACUAGAACAGUUAUCAGAAUAUACAGAUAACAAUACUGCACUUUAAAUUUAAAAAUUACAAUAAUUUUGGAAAAAUAACUCAGUGUUCACAUAGUAUUUUUUGUGAGGAUAUCAGAGUUACAUGAGUGGGAUAGAGUCCAAUCUGGCACAAGAAACAUAAAAUUAUACACUAAAACCAAAACAUUCUCUUCAACUCUCACCUUCCCCAGUUGAAAACGCUGUCAAUGAGAAUUCUGAUGUUUUGUAUAUCGAUUGAAGUGGUUUGUUUCUUGUGCCACAUUGAAAUCUUCCCCAUCAAGGUAAGCCUGCUGUCCUUGGGGCCUUCACAUUGUAGCGUAUUAUUUUACAAUAUAUAGAUGGUUUUAUAUACACCGGUACUCUGUGGUAUAUUCAAAAUACCGCAGGCACGUACAGUAAAAGUAGCAAAAACCCAUUAAUAAAUAAGGUUACAAAUAACACAGAUUGACGGUUAAUCCAGGUUCUAUUGUACAAUAAAAGCAAGUUUACUUCUUGUUUUGCAAUGAGAUGGUGUGGUUAGACUAGACACUAGCUGGACAUUCCAUCCCCAUGUUAAAGUUGUAGCCAGUUUUAAAAUCAAAAUCGCCGUAGUUGCGCUGAUCUAAGUUACUAAUUUCUGUCAAUUAGUUUAUUACCAAGUCAAACUGAUAGAAUGAUGAGCUAGAAUGAUGAUAGAAUGAUUUAUUAUGAGCUAUAGCAACUGUUAUGAUCAAUCAACUAUGUCAGCAACAAAUAUUAAGGUAGAAAAUGGAAUUUUAGACACUAGUGCAUUCUGUGACUGGCUCUCACAAAUAUGUUUUUUUAAAUUAUAAAAUUGGCGACAGCUGGUCCAGAUAGAUGGGAUGUCUUCUUUUGUAUCCAAUAGUCAAUAACACUAGCCAGUUUUCUGCUUACUAUUUUCUGUUGAAAAACAUAUGUAGAUAUUGAACAAGUCAUUCGUAUUGGGUUGUGGGUUUUCCCAAUUUUCUAAUACUUUUGUGUAGUGAAAUGGUUCUGAGAAAUUCUGUUCAUUUAGCUUUUCACCUUUUAAUAGCAAAGUUGACAUAAUUUUGCAUUAAAGAUUUUUAGGAAUAUUUAUUAACAGCUAUUUUUACGAUUAAUUAUAUCUCCUCUAUCGUACCAACUUUGUUGAACAACUGCUAGUUUAGAGUAAUUUAGUGUUACUGUAUGCCUAACUUGAGUAUUUGAAUAUUGUUACUCUUUUGGUAUUGUUGCUACUUAAAUUUGCCUUAUUUUUGCACUGCCUUCUUUAUAAAAAACACUUUUAGACAGAAAGUUGUCCGUCCACAUAGUACUACACAAUACUUCUUUCUAAGUGUAGUAUAAUUAUAUCAAUGUGUAUAUUUAUGAAUACCUUAAUACAUUUUAAUAGAAAUAUAAUAUAUUUAUUAUAGCAUAUAUUUUGUAAAAUUUGUGUGCCGUCCAGUUUGUUAUUUAGGCUAUAUAAUAGUUUUUAGUUUUGUUUAAGAUCUGAUUGAAUGUAAGUAACUAUAAAUUUGUAUUUGUAUGCUAGAUAUUUCAUGUUUCCAAUGAAAAGUUAUUAUACAUUUUCCUAAUAUUAUAAAUUUCCACUAUUAAAAAUAUUAAUAGUGGAACAUUUCCUUAGUCGUAAAAUAUUGACACGUACAUAUUAUUAUUUACAUAAUACAUAUUCAUUGACAUAAUGUCUGAACAAUACAUAAUAUUCAUAUAUAUAAAAUACAUAUAUUUUUGUAGGCCUAUUUAUUUGCACAGUAUAGAAUGAAAUCAGCGUUUGCUUGUUUUAAAAUACCACAAUUAAAGCAUUAUUAAUGUAUAAGAAUAAGAUUUUGAAAUUGUAAAUAAACAUUUUUUUUAUAUAACAGUGUUCUGUUGUCUUUUUAAAAUGUUGUCUCAUUGAAUAUUUUAAUAUUUUGGUUUAAUAAUUGUUGUGACACAUUUUAAAUAUUAUUUUAAAUAAAGUAUUUUUUAAUAAACU